UCGGACGCCCUCUCACCCCGCUCCAAUAAAUAAUCCCUUGCCCCCUCCCCUUCUCCUCUCUUCUAUUUCAUUCAGUUCUCUCAUCUACGACGAAAUCGACCGAUCCAUGGCGGCGAAGCACUUCAAGUACGUGAUCCUCGGCGGCGGUGUGGCAGCGGGUUAUGCGGCCAGGGAGUUCGCAAAGCAAGGAGUCAAGCCAGGAGAGCUGGCGAUCAUAUCAAAGGAGGCGGUGGCUCCUUACGAGCGUCCAGCACUUAGCAAGGGUUACCUUUUUCCUCAAGGCGCUGCAAGGCUCCCAGGUUUUCAUGUAUGUGUUGGAAGCGGGGGAGAAAGACUACUUCCUGAAUGGUAUACAGAAAAAGGCAUAGAGCUGAUACUCAGCAUGGAAAUCGUGAAAGCAGACGUUACUUCAAAGACUCUAACAAGUGCUGCUGGUGCCACGUUCACAUAUGAUAUUUUGAUCAUUGCUACUGGUUCCACUGUUAUAAGGCUCUCUGACUUUGGUGUUCAAGGAGCAGAUGCUAAUAAUAUAUUUUAUCUGAGGGAGAUUGAUGAUGCCGAUAAGCUUGUGGCAGCAAUACAGGCAAAGAAGAAUGGAAAGGCUGUGAUUGUGGGAGGAGGAUACAUUGGUCUUGAACUUGGCUCUGCAUUGAGGAUUAACAAUUUGGAUGUCACAAUGGUGUACCCUGAACCAUGGUGCAUGCCUCGCCUUUUCACAUCAGGUAUUGCUGCUUUCUAUGAGGGUUAUUAUGCAAAUAAGGGAAUCAAAAUAAUUAAGGGCACAGUUGCUGUUGGAUUUGACUCUAAUGCCAAUGGCGAUGUAACAGCAGUGAAGUUGAAGGAUGGAAGAGUGCUUGAUGCUGAUAUUGUAGUUGUUGGUGUUGGUGGAAGACCUCUCACUGCACUUUUUAAGGGCCAACUUGUUGAGGAGAAAGGUGGAAUCAAGACUGAUGGUUUCUUUAGAACAAGUAUUCCUGGGGUAUAUGCUGUAGGAGAUGUAGCAACCUUCCCCAUGAAACUGUACAACGAUAUAAGGAGAGUGGAGCAUGUUGAUCAUGCGAGAAAAUCGGCCGAACAAGCUAUUAAGGCAAUCAAGGCAAGCGAAGAAGGAAAAGACAUUGAGGAAUAUGACUACCUUCCAUUUUUCUACUCUCGUGCCUUUGAUUUGUCAUGGCAAUUCUAUGGAGACAGUGUUGGAGAUACUGUUCUCUUUGGCGACAAUGACCCUGCAUCAGCUAAGCCAAAGUUUGGUUCUUACUGGAUCAAAGAUGGGAAGGUGGUAGGAACUUUUCUGGAAGGCGGAUCUGCAGAGGAAAACAAGGCCAUAGCCAAGGUAGCAAGGGUUCAGCCACCAGCAGGAGACCUUGAACAACUGACAAAGGAGGGUAUUACAUUUGCAUGUAAGAUCUAAUUCCAGAGUUGAGCUGGAAAUUGGGCAGUCUGUAUGGUCGGCAAUUGCAUUUUCUUUUCUGAUAGAUUGUCAACUUGAUGGUGGUUGAGUUAGUGUCUAUGAACUUAAAAUAACAAUGUUGCUGUGUCUUUGGUGUGGACCACCUAUAAACUUUCAAUGUUGCCACCUCUUUGGUGGACCUUCAGUUAAACUGAUUCCCUAAUAAUUUUAUUUGUCAA